AUGAGAUCUUCCAAAAAACUCUCCUUCGCCCCACUCCCAGUUUCCCAACCUUUUCCAGUAUCAACAGCUUCCAGAAGAGCCUUUACCUCCGUGAACUACGCAGUUGGGGAAUUAACCGCGUUGAGGAGAGUUUUGGAGGGUCCGGACGGAUAUCAUUAUCAGUAUCGUGGCUGGUAUUAUCAAGUUAUUGGGAAUAAUCCGCGGAGUACGGAUACUUUUUUUGCGGCUGCGGAGGUGGCGAGUAAGAAUAAGGAGAGAGAUGCUUGGGGGUUGGUUAAUGAAGCUGAAAGUCUGGUGGCACACAUGGAGUAUUGA